UUUGCCAAGAUGGCGCCGGGAGGUAGUGGCGGCGGCGGAACGCAUUGCUCGAAAAGCGAGGCCGAUUCCGGCUUCCUGGGACUGCGGCCCACUUCGGUGGACCCGGCGCUGAGGCGGCGGCGGCGAGGCCCAAGAAAUAAGAAACGAGGCUGGCGGCGGCUCGCACAGGAGCCGCUGGGGCUAGAAGUUGACCAGUUCCUGGAGGACGUGCGGCUGCAGGAGCGCACGAGCGGUGGCUUGGUAUCAGAGGCCCCAGAUGAGAAACUCUUCUUCGUGGACACCGGCUCCAAGAAAAAAGAGCUAAACAAGAAGAGGAUCAAAAGCCAGAAAAGGUCACUUCUUCUCAAGAAACCCCUUCGUGUUGACCUCAUCCUAGAGAACACAUCCAAGGUCCCUGCCCCCAAAGACAUCCUUGCCCACCAGGUCCCCAAUGCCAGGAAACUCAAACGGAAGGAGCAGCUAUGGGAGAAGCUGGCCAAGCAGGGCGAGCUGCCCCGGGAGGUGCGCAGGGCACAGGCCCGGCUCCUCAACCCUCCCGCGACCAAAGCCAAGCCCGGACCCCAAGACACCAUCAAGAGGCCUUUUUAUGAUCUCUGGGCCAAAGACAACCCUCUGGAGCGACCCCUGGCCGGCCAGGACACCUUUUUCCUGGAGCAGACCAAGAAGCGGGGGGUGAAGCGGCCGCCACAUCUGCACACCAAGCCCUCCCAGGUCCCUGCCGUGGAGGUGACACCGGCUGGAGCCUCCUACAACCCAUCCUUUGAGGACCACCAGACCUUGCUGCUGGCGGCCCACGAAGUCGAGCUGCAGCGGCAGAAGGAGGCGGAGAAGCUGGAGCGGCAGCUGGCCCUGCCCCCCUCGGAGCAGCCUGCCACCCAGGAGUCUGCCUUCCAGGAGCUGUGCCAGGGGCUGCUGGAGGAGUCCGACGGGGAGGGGGAGCCGGGCGAGGGCCCGGACAAGGGCCCCGAGGCUGAGGCCGGAGGGGAGCAGGCCGCAGGCGCGGAGGCGUCCUCCGCACCCGUCCGCCUGGCCGCCGUGGAGAAGAAGACGGAGCAGCAGCGGCGGCGGGAGAAGGCGGCCCGGAAGAUGCGGGUGCAGCAGGCCGAGGUGCGGGCCGCGCGGCUCCGGCACCAGGAGCUCUUCAGGCUACGCGGGAUCAAGGCCCAGGUGGCGCGGCGGCUGGCGGAGCUGGCGCGGCGGCGGGAGCAGCGGCGGGCGCAGCGGCUGGCGGAGGCGGACAGGCCCCGGAGGCUGGGGCGGCUCAAGUACCAGGCCCCCGACAUCGAUGUGCAGCUCAGCUCAGAGUUGUCUGACUCUCUCAGGACCCUAAAGCCUGAAGGCAACAUUCUCCGCGACCGUUUCAAGAGCUUCCAGAAGAGAAACAUGAUCGAGCCUCGGGAGAGAGCCAAGUUUAAGCGCAAGUACAAAGUGAAGCUCGUGGAGAAGCGGGCGUUCCGUGAGAUCCAGUUAUGGCCGCCGGGGGAUGCCGGAGCCCCCACCCCACAGUAAAACACCGCUGAC